GUCCGAACUGCCAGAACCCAGCCAGGGGCCGGGGGCGCCGAGCCGACCGAGUCGGGCCGCGAGAUCGAGAGCGCGCCGGGAGCCGGCCGGGAGCCGGAGCCCCCGGGCACCUGCUCGCGCGUCCAGCCGAUCGGUGCAAGCACGCAGAGUGGCCCGCAGGCCCCCGCCCGGGCCCAUUCCCUCCCCGGGCCCUCCAUGGCCCGGGCCGCAGCCCUCCGGCCGUCCAGAUCGCCGCCGACGCUGCCGCUGCUGCCCUUGUUACUGCUGCUGCUCCGGGAAGCCGGAGCCCAGGAUGUGGGAGUUCGUGUGCCGCCUGAGGUGCGGGGCCUCCUGGGGGCCACCGUGGAGCUGCCAUGCCACCUGCUGCCCCCCACUCCGGAAGUCCGCGUGUCCCAGGUGAUGUGGAUGCGCCAGGAUGCCAGCAAGACCAGCCAGAACCUGGCCAUCUUCCACCCCUCCUACGGCCCCAGCUUCCCCAGCUCCAAGCCCGGCAAGGAUCGCCUGUCGUUCGUCACCGCCGGCCAGAACCCGAGCACUGAGCCAGGCACCGAGGCGGAGGUGCGCGAUGCCACGCUGGCGCUGCACGGGCUGACGGUGGAGGACGAGGGCAAUUACACCUGCGAGUUUGCCACCUUCCCCUGGGGCACCAGUCGCGGGGUCACCUGGCUCCGAGCCAUAGCCCAGCCCCAGAACCGCGUGGAAAAGCAGGAAGUCACCCUGAGCCUGGAGCCCAUGCCUGUCGCCCUCUGCGUGUCCAAGGGGGGCCGCCCCCCCGCCCGGGUCUCUUGGCUGUCCCCCCUGGACGGGGAGGCCAGCCAGAGCCAGGUGGCGGGGCCCGUGCCCGGGACGUCCACUGUCACCAGCCGCUUCACCCUGGUGCCCCUGGGCCGCGUCGAUGGCGUCACGGUCACCUGCAAAGUGGAGCACGAGAGCUUCGAGGAGCCCGUCCUGCUGCCUGUGACCCUGUCCGUGCGCUACCCUCCUGAGGUCUCUAUCUCUGGCUAUGAUGACAACUGGUACAUCGGCCGCAGUGAGGCCACCCUGACCUGUGAUGUCCGCAGCAACCCGGAGCCCACGGGCUAUGACUGGAGCACGACUUCAGGCCUCUUCCCAGCGUCAGCCCUCGCCCGGGGCCCGCAGCUGGUGAUCCACUCCGUGGACCGGCUGGUGAACACCACCUUCAUCUGCACCGUCACCAAUGCCGUGGGCACCGGCCGCGCCGAGCAGCUCGUCCUGGUGCGAGAGACCCCCAACACGGCAGGUGCGGGGGCCACCGGGGGCAUCAUCGGAGGCAUCAUCGCUGCCAUCAUCGCCACCGCCGUGGCCGCCACGGGCAUCCUGAUCUGCCGGCAGCAGCAGAAAGAACAGAGGCUGCAAGGGGCAGAGGAGGAGGACCUGGAGGCUCCUCCCUCUUACAAGCCACCCACCCCCAAGGCGAAGCUGGAGGAGCCGGAAAUGCCCUCCCAGCUCUUCACUCUGGGGGCCUCGGAGCACAGCCCGCUCAAGACACCUUACUUUGAUGCUGGUGUCUCCUGCACCGAACAGGAGGGGCCUCGGUACCAUGAGCUGCCUACACUGGAGGAGCGAUCGGGGUCUCUGCUCCGGGGGGCCACGAGCCCGGGAAACCCCAUCCUGGUGCCCUCUGUGCCCCCUGCGGUGGAGAGGAUUUCCCUGGACAUGGAGGACGACGAUGACGAAGGGGACGAAGACUAUCUGGACAAGAUCAACCCCAUCUAUGAUGCCCUGUCCUAUACCAGCCCAUCCGAUUCCUACCAGGGCAAAGGUUUUGUCAUGUCCCGGGCCAUGUAUGUGUGACCUGGUCUGGCCACCCACGCCUCUCCCCCUCCCUCCACCUGGUACCAGGGUCAAAGCAGCCCCUAACCUCGGGCCAACCCACCAGCCUUUCACAGACAAGCACCCCUCGAUGGUUCUAGCCUGACUUUUCACCCAUAACCUCUGACCCAGAGAACCUGGUGGGCAGAGCAGGUGUGGGGGUGCUGGAGCAACAGUACAGCAGGGCAAGAGGCAGUUGCCUUGUAUGUGGACCACCCGGGCUCAGUCCUGGGCCCCCCAUAUGGUCCCGCAAUCCCCGCCAGGAGUGACUCCUGAUUGCAGAGCCAGGAGGAAGUUCUAAGUGAUGUCAGGUAUAAUCCCCGAAAAAAGGGGGAGCCCCAGAGAGCUAGUACAACAAGGCGAGCUGCACCAGAUUCAAAUCCUGGCAUUCCCUGUAUGUCCCCCCAAGCCCAGCCAGCAGUGAGCCCCGAGGAUACAGCCAGGAGUUUCCCCUGAGCAACACCAGCUGUGGCCCCGCUCAGUCCCCCUCCAAAAAAAGGUGUGGGGUAUGUUUCCUGACACACUGUCCACACUUCCAAACCGCCUAAGAAGCUCGCUGACUGGUCCAGAGAGCAGAGCAAAGGUCUGGAGCACUCGGUUGCAUGAGAGAGCUCCAGGUUCAGUCCGUAUUAUGUUACGGUCCAAGCUCCGCCAGGAGCAGCCCUUUGCCUGGCAAAACCAGAAGGUCCCAGAACACCAGUAUCUGCUGGGAUGGGCAUUGGCGGGGGCAUCCUGUUGCUCAGACCUGAGCCCUCCAGGCAGCAAAAUGCCACUCGCCUCCUCCUCACUCUGUCCCCAAAAGUGACAAGUGGGGGAGUCCCCAGCCCAAGUCAGAGCUGCCCCCGCCAGUCCCUCUGCAGUCUGGAAGCUCGGGACCUUCCCUGAGCACCAUUGACCUGAGCCCUGUUCCCGGCUACGGCAAACGAAGUUCCACCCCGGGGCAGAUGGGUGGAAGGUACAGAAGGUGCCUUAGGAGACUUGCUGUUACCUUGGAGACUACUGAGUCCUUUCACCCCUGCCCGAUGGAUUGGUGCCCAGCAUCUCUCUGGCCAGAGGGAGAAGGGUCACCUGGGUUUGGGAUGGGAUAUGGUAUUGUUUUGUAAUAGAGCAUUUCCUACAAAAUGUGGAUUUAUACUUUGA